GCGCCGAGUCCAGGAGGACACGGGCAGCAGGCGCUGCGGCAGCAUCUCGGGUGACAGCGAGGGCACAGCACCGUCAGCAGCUUCUGGACAGCGCGAUGAGUGGACGGUAACUCCGAAUCUGCAGACAAGAGGACAAGAUGAAGGAAGACUGUCCACCCAGUUCUCACGUGCCUGUCAGCGACAGCAAGUCCAUCCUGAAGUCGGAGCUGUUAAGCCUGCUGAAAACCUACAACUGCUACCACGAGGGCAGAAGCUUUCAGCUGAGACACCGAGAAGAAGAAGGGGCUCUGGUCAUCGAGGGGCUCCUCAGCAUCUCCUGGGGACUGAGGCGGCCCAUCCGGCUGCAGAUACAGGAUGACAGGGAGCGAGUACACCUCUCCUCUACCUCCUGGAUGCCUGGACAAUCCAGCUGCCACCCGAAGGAGCCACCUCUUCAGGAUGGUGGGGUCACAGCCCAGGAACCAAGUGCUCAGGCUGGACACAGGGAGGAGAAUUCUAGAGACGGCUCAGAGCCCCUGGAGGAGGACGAGGAGACCCCACAGCUGAUGCGGACCAAGAGCGAUGCAGCCUGUGUGGUCCAGAGAAGGCCCAGGUGCCGCGCACCCGGGGAGGCCCAGAAGAUCCGGCGACACCGCUUCUCCAUCAACGGGCACUUUUACAACCACAAGACUUCCGUGUUCACUCCUGCCUAUGGGUCCAUGACCAACGUGAGAGUCAACAGCACCAUGACCACUCUGCAGGUGCUCACCCUGCUGCUGAACAAGUUCCGAGUGGAAAAUGGCCCCAGUGAGUUUGCUCUCUACAUGGUCCAUGAGUCUGGGGAGCGGACAAAAUUAAAAGACUGUGAGUACCCACUGAUUUCCAGAAUCCUGCAUGGGCCAUGUGAGAAGAUCGCCAAGAUAUUCCUGAUGGAGGCUGACUUGGGCGAGGAAGUCCCCCAUGAUGUCGCUCAGUACAUUAAGUUUGAAAUGCCGGUGCUGGACAGUUUUGUUGAAAAAUUAAAAGAAGAGGAGGAAAGAGAAAUAAUCAAACUGACCAUGAAGUUCCAAGCUCUGCGUCUGACAAUGCUACAGCGCCUGGAGCAGCUGGUGGCGGCCAAGUAGUCCACCAGCACCAGCCUCUUCCGGGGCCCCCAGCAGCCGGUGCACACUGAGUGCUGGUGGCCAGGCCCUGAUUGGUUGCACCAGCUGAGGAAUCCAGAAACUGUGUUUCUAUCUGUCCACCCGCCCAGGUGCCAUGAGUCGCAUGUCCCUGGUGCUUGGCUCCAAGGUGAGCACUCACAGGAUGCAGACCCAAGCCUGAGGAGCCAGGAACUUGCUCGUUGGGGUCUGCAUGGGAGACUGGCCCGAGCAGUGAGCAACCCUGAAGCUGUGACUUGGGCCGUGUUAUGUGGCUGGAUGGCAUGGUCUAUUCACUGUUCACUCCACACCUCUCUUGCUCAGGAGAGCAGAACAUGACCUAGCUUCCAGGGCAUGGGCUUCAGCUACCUCCCCAGUGCCUGGCCCAGAGUUCCUGCAGAACCACAAGCCCUUAUCCUCAUCAGACACAUGAACCACUGGACCCCCACCUGCCGUCACCUCAUGCUGCCACUCAGAAACUCUGCUGGGAGAAGCAAGGGCAGCCAGCAGGUAGAGGACAUGCCUGCUCCAAGCCAUCACUUCACCAUGGCGACCUUGGCCCUCGAGCCUCCAGUCUCCGGUGUCACUCCGUGAGCCUCACAGAGCCCAGCACCCUGGUGGCAGAGGUCAGACCAGGAAUAUGACCACCAGGAGCCCAUUUUCUCUCUGCAGCACUCACUCUGAAUUUCCUCAGCAGGACCUGAGGAAUUCCUAGAAGGAGCUCACUGCAAGAAACGUGUCAAUUUGAUCACAUUGAGGAGGUGACCCAUGUGGCACUGAAAGGAUGCUGCCCAAAUGGGAGAGAAUCCAGGAGCUGUCCGGGGACUGCCAGGCAGCAGCUUGGGGAGGCCACACUCAGCCCCAUCGCUGCCCUCCCUCGGACACCUGUGUGCCUCUUGACCUCUCUGGGUUUGCGUUCCUCUCUCUCAAUACUUCCCAUCAAAGGAGCACCAUGAGGGGAAAAAAAAAGUCUGUUUGAGGAUAAAGGGCUUUGAAUUCCCUAGGGCCAGACACUGAAUAAUUUGGGUUUUUCAGCUGAUGGGGAAUUUCUGGAAUGUACAAGAAGUCCUUUGCAAAGUUAUGCAACAGUUUACAUCAGUCAUGUGAAGUGUGUGUCCAAAACCUCAAACUGGAGACCCAGUUCUCCCACUGGGGCCUGUGGAUAAUGAAUUUAAAGGGAAAAACUAUAAAGUCUCCCAAAUAGAGGAGAGAUUCCAUCUCUGCCUCAUGCAGCAGCUCUUGUAAAGAGCAGAGCUUGCGAGCGGAGUUUGGGAGCAGCCAUGCCGUUUGAACCCACUGUUACUUCACACCAGGACUGCCCCGACCUAGCACCGCUAUCACAUAAGCACGCACAGAGAUGCCAGGGGAGGCUGCUGCAGUUUCUCUUGUCUCUGCUCAUCUUCGGCAGCAUCGUUUCUUAGGUACUCAAUAAAGGUAUGCUGUACUGAACUGAAGGAGUUAGGACUAAACUUUUUUUUCCACUUGUCGGUGUCCAUCCUGACCCUUGGCUCUAACUUCUGAAACUCUUAUCCUAUAGUACAUGUGGCCAAGUUUGGCAGAAGAGCCAGAGCUGAGCCACAGUCCGCUGCCCUUGACAAUGACAUGACCCCUUCCUUUCUGUGCACAUCCUUGGGAUGGGUGUGGGGCCUGAGGACUGAGGGAGCUGAAGGGCACAGAGGAGGAGGCAUUGGUGGGGGUUGGGAGUAGUCUGGCCAGUAAGUGAUAGGGUCACCCCGAAUGACAGAGUCUCAACAUCAGGAGGACCUCAGGAAUCUUCUAGAAGGAGCUCAGGUGGGAUGGUGGCAGGGUCCAGGAGAGGAUAGAAAAUGAUUCAAACAGGGCUCCUCCAUGAAGUAGUAAAAUAACUCCGCAUGAGACAGGAAGGAAGGGGGCAGAGCACAACCAUUAAAAGAAUGGCAAAGCUAUUGAGGGUGCGACAUAAACUGAUUAGAGCCAACUAGCCCAGGGUGGCAGAAGAUUCAACUUGUAGUAAGCCUUGGGCCUCAUUAGACAUUUAUUGUAAUACAUUAGCAUGCUAAAUGACACACCUACGGGCACCAUGACUGUUCCCAGGCUGACCAUAAAAAGCCAAAAAGUGGGUAGGGGUGCAAUUCCUGGAAACCCCGGCCCCUUCCCCAAAAUAGUUGGACUAAUCCUCGCAAUUAUUAGCAUAUGAAGUUACCCAGCCCAUAAAAACUAACCACACCCACAGCCUGGGGCCCACCUCUCUUGCCUUCGGAGACAGCCUGCACUCUGUCUACGGAGUGUUUAUCUCCCUGAAUAAAUCUACUUUCACUUUA